ACCAAUCCUAUUCGCAAGAGGACACCAAUUCUUUCAUCUUCGAGGGUAUUUCUAUAAAACCCAGUCUUCAACAACCAAUAACUGUUGCAAAGAAAAAAAAAAGAAAAAGUCUUCUUCUUCAUCAUCAAAAAUUCUCCUCUCUGCAACUACAAUCAAUCAAAAUUCCAAAAUUCGAAUUCAACCCCAUCAGGAAAGAUGAUGCACAUGACAUUUUACUGGGGCAAAAACGUCACAAUCUUAUUCUCAUCAUGGAGAACUGACUCGUGGCUGAGUUAUGCCAUAAGUUUACUGGUUUGUGUUCUUUUCGCAGCUUUUUAUCAAUACUUGGAAGAUAAAAGAUUGAAAUUGAAGAAUAUGGAUCGCGCUAAGAAAUCUCCAUCAUCAACGAUUGAGACCCCUUUGUUGAUUCCAAUAAUUGGUAAGAGAAAUCUUGGGAAGAGAUUCUGGUUGGGUUUGUUGUUUGGUGUUAAUUCAGCAAUUGGGUAUCUGUUGAUGUUGGCUGUUAUGAGUUUUAAUGGUGGGGUUUUUAUUGCAAUCGUUUUGGGAUUGGUUAUUGGGUUUGUGUUGUUUAGAUGUGAUGAGGAGGAAGAUGAAGAUUUGAUGUCAGAAACUCCUUGUGCCUGUGCUUGAGUUUUUGUCCGACUGGUGGUCUGAAUGGGGUUUGGGUCUUUUUUUUUUGUACAGUGUGAGUCAGACGCUGACUGUGUCUGACUGGGGGGUUUGAAGAUGUUGUGUACUUUAAUGGAUUUAUCUUUUGAAUGUAAGAUAUAAUUUCUGGGUUUGUGUUUUAAUUUUGUGGUUUUCAGAUUUCUAUACUUGUUUUCUCAUUAAAGUUAUCAUCUCAAUUCUCAAGUUAUCAUCUCAAUUCUCAAAUGUGGAUGAAUUGGAGGGUAAAAUUGUAAUUGUGUGACUAAUUACUCAAGGGAUAUUUUGAGUCAGACUCUGAUUGGGUCUGACUGACUGGGUUUUUUUGAAGAUGUGUAUACUUUAAUGGAUUUUGGGCAUCUUUUUUUAAUAUAAUCUCUGGUUUGUGU